AUGAGUGUGACGGCCGUCGUUUCGGUGCUGUUAAGUAUUGAACCAUCCGCCAACCUAACGUGGAGACCAUGUUUCGAUGAUUUCACGUGUUCCAGACUGGAGGUUCCUCUGGACUACUCGAAUACGAGUCUGGGCACAACGUCUGUUGCCUUCAUCAAACUGGCCUGCAAGAAUGCAACCACCCAGUCCCCGAGCAUUGUACUCAUCCCAGGCGGUCCAGGUGGAUCCGGUGUUGACCUGCUCCUUCAAUACCGAACCUUGGCGGGGCCCAUCUUUGGAGAGCAGUAUAACUUCGUUUCCUUUGACCCCCGCGGUGUGAAUAAUAGCGGACUGGGCCUCGACUGCUUCUCGGGGAAUACGGAAGCGAGGGCGGCGUUUAUGUGGCUGCACAGCACCGGUGUCACCAACGUGUCAUCGACGUCGCUCGAGGAACAGUACUAUCCAAGCUCCAUCUACGGAGAGUGGUGCAACGAUGCUGUCGAUUGCGGGUUUACGGAAUCCGAGGCUGAAUCAUCCGGUCUGUCGCCAUCGCAGGCCAAAUUGUGGUGCUACGGCAUCACCUACGGCACUGUUGUCGGGACCACCUUCGCCUCCAUGUUUCCAGACCGGGUCGGGAGAAUGAUUCUCGACGGCGUUUUGGACGCAGAGAAUUAUUACAUCAAUGACUGGAGGGGCAACGUUAAUCAAAUGGACGAGGCCAUGGAAAGGUUCUUGACUCUAUGCCAUUCUUCGGGUCCUGAAAAAUGCGCCUUCUGGGGACCCACGCCAGCCGACAUCAUGGCCAAAAUCAACAUCAUCAUUGACCAGUUUCGGGACCAUCCUGUUCCAGUCAGCGGGGUUCAAACUCGGGACUCGCCGUCAAUGGUCACGGACUCAGACCUAAAGGCCCUCUUCAUCAACGCCAUCUACAACCCACUGGCUUCCUUCCCGGCCCUGGCCAACACCUUGCAGCAGCUCGAGAGAGGGGACGUUUCUGCUCUUGUGGGACUGUUUGACGGGCUGUGGGUUACAUCCGACGCCCGUCUUGCCAUCCAGUGCGCCGAUUCGUACCGGAGAAACGGGCUUACCACCACCAUUGACGAAUUCAAGGCUUACGUCGAGUACACUGUAUCGAAGAGCAAGUACAUUGGCGACAUCUAUCCCAUCUUCCUCGAGAACAUCCUGUGUAGGUCAUUCCGAUCAGAACUGUCUGAUGGCAUGGUGUUUCAAGGUCCGAUAGGUGGGCCGGAUAAGCCCACGUCCUAUCCGAUCCUAUUCGCGAGCAACACCGUCGACCCUAUAACACCCUUGGAAGCGGCGCGCAAGAUGUCUUCUCGAUUUCCCGGAUCUGCACUUCUGUUACAAGAAGCCGCCGGUCAUACCUUCAAGGCGCACUUCCACCGUCCAAGACUACGUGCCCGCAGCAAUACACACCGUUCAUAG